AUGCCCAAGAUUGACCAACUAGUAGACGCCACGUAUGGGCACCCGAGGAUGAGCUUCUUGGAUGCUUUCCAGGGGUACCACCAGAUUGCCUUGGCUCCCGAGGACCGAGAAAAGACAGCAUUUAUUUCCCCGAGUGCUAACUAUCAAUACGAAGUCUUGCCGUUUGGGUUGAAGAACGCCUGUGCCACAUACCAGCGGAUGAUGACGAGGAUGUUCCGAGAGAAAAUUGGGUGCACGGUGGAAGUAUACAUUGACGACAUGGUGGUAGAGAGCAAAAAGGAGUCGCAACACACUGAAGACCUUCGGGGAGUAUUUGAGAUACUCCGGAAGCACAAGCUGCGCUUGAACGCCGAGAAGUGUACUUUCGGUGUGGGGGCUAGAAAGUUCUUAGGUUAUCUGAUUUCUACUCGGGGGAUAGAAGCCAAUCCCGACCAGAUAAACGCCGUGAAUCGCCUCAUACCGCCGAGCAAUCCGAAGGAAGUACAGGUGCUAACCGGGAUGUUAGCCGCCCUAAAUCGAUUCUUCUCCAAAUUCGCGGAUCACUGCAGACCGUUUUAUCAGCUUCUGAAGAAGUGGAAGGGGUUUCAUUGGGACGAGGAAUGCAACAAGGCCUUUCGAGAACUGAAGGAGUACUUGGCAAAAGCACCCAUGUUAACAGCCCCGGAGUCCGGGGAGGAUUUGUUUAUGUACCUCUUAGUGUCUGACCAUGCCGUGAGUGCUGUGUUACUAAGGGACCAAGGAGUACAGCAGCUAGUGUAUUACAUAAGCAAAACCUUAGUAGAUGCCGAAACGAGAUACCUGCCCCUUGAAAAGCUAGUUUUGGCACUAGUGCACGCCAUGAGGAAGUUGCCGCAUUACUUUCAGGCUCAUACGGUAUUCGUCCUCACCGAGUAUCCCCUGCAAUCGUUGCUAAAAAGAUCGGACUUCACAGGCCGAAUAGCCAAAUGGGGAACUCGUUUGGGUUCGUUCGACAUAAGGUACCGACUGCGAAGCUCGGUAAAGGGACAGGUUCUUGCUGACUUCAUUGCAGAAUUCACCCCCAAGAACGACGGGAAGAUAAUAUGUAAUGCGGAGCGUCAUCCGUGGAAAGUGUUUGUAGACGGCGCUUCGAAUGCUAUGGGUGCCAAAGCUGGUAUUGUCAUAAUCACCCCGGAGGGCAUACGAUUAGAACACUCCUUCAUAUUAGGAUUCAAAGCCUCAAACAACGAAGCCGAGUAUGAGGCCUUCCUGGCCGGGUUGAGGGCCGUAUUGUGUUUAGGCGCGAAAGAUGUUGAGAUUUAUUCGGACUCUCGGCUGGUCGUUUAUCAAAUCUUGGGAAGCUUCAAAGCUCGGGACUCUCGGAUGAAAGCCUAUCUGAGUGCAGCCAAGCAGAUCAUUGGCCGGUUCGGGACAGUGAAGGUAGCCCAGGUAGGUCGGGCACAAAACAGACAUGUUGACUCGCUGGCCACGUUGGCUUCAUCCUCUACCGGGAACAUACCUCGGCUGGUCAAGAUAGAGCUUAUAAGGGAGCCAAGCAUCGAGGUGAAAAGUGAUGACAACCUGGCUGGGGUUGAAGUUGCCAUGAUGUCAAUGGCAAAUCCGUGUUGGAUGAACCCGAUCAUAGACUUCAUAGCUGAGGAUAAAGUUCCGGACGAUGAAAAGGAGGCCAAAAAGAUUCGUCAGGUGGCUUCUCGGUACUGGUUGUCAGCAGAUCGCAAGUUGUACCGGAGGUCUUUCGCAGGCCCUUACCUUUUAUGUCUACAUCCUGAGAAAGUGAACGAACUUCUGACCGAGCUGCAUGAUGGAGUAUAUGGUGGCCAUGUCGGAGGAUGGUCUCUAGCGCACAGGGCCAUGACCCAGGGGUUUUGGUGGCCACAGAUGCAGAAGGAUGCCGCGAAAUACGUCAGGAGGUGCAAACAAUGCCAAAAGCACGCCCCUCUGAUCCACCAGCCGGCAGAACGUCUAAACCCCAUCAGCAGCUCAUUGCCGUUCGCACAAUAG